GAGAGGAGGGGAGAGGAGGGAGGAGAGAUGGCCACCAUGGGGCCCUGGAGUCGGGUCAGGAUGGUCAAAUGCCAGAUGCUGGUCACCAGCUUCUUUGUCUUGCUGCUGGGCCUCUCUAUGGCCACCUUGGCAGCCCUCACCUACUACGGGGCCCACUUUGCUGUCAUCGGCCACGCAUCCUCAGACAAGACCCCGUACGAGGCCAUGCACCGCUGGACUUCCAGAGGCCCCCCCACCCCAGGUGUCCCCUCGAGUUGGACACUGAUGCAGGCCAACCUUCCUCCUCUCUGUCCCCACUCAGCCUUCUACGCCGGCAUCAGCCUGGCCGGGCUCCUGACAGUGGGCGCCGUGCUGGGUGCUGCAGCCACCAUGAGGGAGGCGGGAGGCCUCAUGGCUGGGGGCUUCCUGUGCUUUGCCCUGGUGUUUGGUGCCCUGGUGGAGGUGGCCUUCUGGAGAUUCCACAACCCCACCCAGGUGGAGGAUGCUGUUUUGGACACUUACGACCUGGUGUAUGACCAGGCGGUGAAGAACGUGUCUGGCACCCCACAGCAGCAGCUGGUGGCCAUUCAGGACACGUUCCUGUGCUGUGGCAAGAACUCUCCUUUCAGCCUCCUGGGGGACCUGGAGGUCAGCCUGUGUCAGGGAGAGGAGGCAGCCAGACAGGACUGCCUGGUGGGGAUCAGGAGCUUCCUGAGGAUGUACGGAAACAUCGCCUCCAUCCUGACCGGCAUCGGCCUCGCCGCCAUGGUGUACGCGAUGCUGCUCAGCUCCUUUCUCUGGUUCGCCAUCCGCUCUGGCUGCAGCUUGGAUCGCAAGGGCAAGUACACGCUGAGCCGGAGAGCCCCCGACUGCCAGCCCCAGGAGCCCAGCUUCUUCCGACACUCCCCGGGGUGGCCUGUGCUCCAGCAUCCCACUGAAGUGGAUGUUCCCCACGGCCACCUGGGUGCAAGCAGCCCGUCGGGUGGCCCUCAGCUGCUCCAGGACAGCUGACACCGUUUGAACCACCUGUCCCGCCACCUGUGUGCCCAAACAUGAGUCUUCCACGGA